AAAUCACGCAGCAGAAUUCGAUGCAUUUGGCCGCAAGAGUGAGUGCUCAUCAGGAGGGGCAAGGUCAGGUAGUGUAGGCACCUUAUGUACAUCAUGUAGGUAGGUAGGAACCUUAUAUUUAUAGCCGUGAAGAGGAGAAUCCGAAUCCUGCAUUACUCCUUCCCGUCUCCCACAGUCAACUUCGCUGUGUUGUUGUGUGUCCGCUCGCUCCAACCACCAUGACGGUCUCGAAGAAGCUCACCAAGAGCACCCCGGCCGCUGGAGUGCCCUUCUACACGCCGGCGCAGGAUCCGCCCGCCGGCACGGCGCUUGACACGGGCGCCGAGGUGCCGACGCUGUUCACGCCGUUCAAGCUGCGGGACCUGACGCUGCAGAACCGCUUCGUGGUCAGCCCCAUGUGCACCUACUCGGCCGACGACGGCCACCUGACCGACUGGCAUCUGGUGCACCUGGGCGCCUUUGCCCUCCGCGGCGCCGCCCUGAUCAUCGUCGAGGCAACCGCCGUCACCCCGAACGGCCGCAUCUCGCCCGAGGACAGCGGGCUCUGGCAGGACAGCCAGAUCGCCCCGCUGAGGCGGAUCGUCGACUACGUGCACUCGCAGGGCCAGAAGAUCGGCAUCCAGCUGGCCCACGCCGGCCGCAAGGCCAGCACGCUCGCGCCCUGGCACGCCAAGCCGACCCAGCACGAGGUGGCCACGGCCGAGGUCGGCGGCUGGCCCGACAACCUGUGGGCGCCGAGCGCCAUCCCCUGGGACGAGGGCUACCCGGUGCCCAAGAAGAUGACGGUGGCGCAGAUCGAGGGGCUCGUGCAGAGCUUCGUCGACGCCGCCAAGCGCGCCGUGCAGGCCGGCGUCGACACCAUCGAGAUCCACGGCGCGCACGGCUAUCUCAUUUCCGAGUUCCUGUCCCCCAUCACCAACCAACGCACCGACGCCUACGGCGGCUCCUUCGCCAACCGCACGCGCCUCCUGCUGGACAUCGCGCGGGCCGUGCGCGGCGCCAUCCCCGCGGGCAUGCCGCUGCUGGUGCGCAUCUCGGCGACCGAGUGGAUGGAGUGGACGGGCCAGCCGUCGUGGGACCUGGCGCAGAGCAAGCAGCUGGCGGCGCUGCUGGCGGACGCGGGGGUGGACCUGCUGGACGUCAGCUCGGGCGGCAACAACCCGCGGCAGCAGGUCCGGCUGCACCCGUACUACCAGGCCGACAUGGCGGGCGAGAUCCGCGCCGAGCUGGCCCGCCGCCCCCCGGGCGCCAAGCCGCUGGCCAUCGGCGCCGUCGGCAUGGUCACCACGGCCGAGAUGGCGCGCGACAUCGUGCAGGCCGACGGGACUGGCGAGGGCAAUGAUGCCGAGCAUGGGACCAGGACCAGGGCGGACCUGGUGCUGGUUGCCAGGCAGUUCUUGCGGGAACCAGAGUUUGUGCUCCGCGUAGCGCACGAGCUGGGCGUCCAGGUCAAGGGGCCGAGCCAGUACCACCGUGCGCCGUAUAAGGCGCCAAAGCUUUAGAGGGAGCUGCGUGUGUGGGUGGCGUUAUGCAUUUGAUGGGGCGCUGGUAGGUUAGACUUUGCAGGGGGUUAUACGUUCUUAUACAGCAUAGAUGGUGUUUGGUGUUCUGGGUUG